CUCUAUGCUCUGCCAUGGUCGUUCAUACAUAGUCGGCUUGCAUAUUGUUUCCCCCCUUUGCCUAAAAGUACAUCCUGCCUAGAUUGACCGCUUCAUUGGAAAACAAGAAAGUUGCUUCAGAAUGGCUUCUAGAGUCCGGAGGAGGAGGCAAUUGGACAAGGUGGCCAAUGCAUGUGAGCAGUGUAAGAAGCGAAAGGUCAAAUGCUCGGGACACUACCCCUGUGAGCCAUGUAUAGGUCGCGAUGCGCAAUGUAUCUUUAAACAAGCAGAAAAGAGGGUGAUCGUGUCUGAAAGUUAUCUACGCAAGCUGCAAGAAUCCUACACCAAGAAGCAAGAAAACCAGGUCUCGACCCGUGCGAGCUCAGAGAAUGUAACAAGUCCGGAGCUCAAUGCCGACUUGCCUACCGGGCAUGCAAACAUGCGGACUUCCGGAGGGAAUGCGACCGACGGAGAUGCUAUUACGAACCCGUUGGUGUCUGCCACUUCGUUCUAUCUUCAAGACACUCCUGGACGUUACCGCUUUUGUGGGCCAUCAUCGACCUGGUCAUUCUCUCAACGCGUUUUUCUUCUUUUGAAACCAGCGCUGCCCGAGUUUCCUGCGCCUGACUUGCCAUUCAAUGUUGAUGGAACUACGUGGGAGUUGGACUGGACCCGAACAAGUCUGGAUAGUGAUAGAGUACUGGAAGGACUGCCGUCCCUCCAUGAUGCCCUAUAUCUCCUUGAAGUAGCCAAGUUUCAUUCCUACCAGAUGCUCUUUCUAUUUGAAGAAGAGAAAUUCUUACCGCACCUACACGAGUUUUACCAAAAAGGACUCGAGAAGGCAAAGAGCUCACCUCUCUGGUUCAUUCAAUAUCUACUAAUCAUUGCCCUUGCAAAACGCACUACUGUUACGUCAAGGAGUUCCAGCUCACCACCAGGAUUUACCUUCUUUGAGCGUGCCAUGUCUCUUAUGCCAGAUUGGGUUGGGUUGCACCGACGUCGUCCCAAUCUGGGGAUGCAAAUAUUGUAUCUGGCCGGGCUUUAUCUAGUAUCGGUAGACAUGAAGGACGCUGCAUACGCUUAUGUCGGCCAAUCGCUCCGCACUUGCAUUAUCGAGGGGCUCCCAAGAGAACCUCCCAUUGAUCUCUUCGGCAUAAAGCUUGCAAAUGAGUGUAGGAAUAUAUGGUGGACCGCAUACAUACUAGAUCGCCAGCUUUCCGUCAUGGUGGGUGCACCGUGCUCGAUACAAGACAGCGAGAUCACCUGCUCGUUGCCUUCAUCUUACGAUACUUCCGAGCGGGGGACCCUUUUGACAUUGCAUGUUAAGCUUUCUCGGAUUAUGGGGGCUAUCAUCAAAUCGGUUUACACAGCGGAUAGUAAACAAAGACGAUCCUUCAUCGCUACAGUUCAAUCGGUAUUAAGGGAUAUGGCAGAUAUUCUUCGGGAUAUCGAGAACGUCUCUACUAGGACUGUGCAUCCUACCAUCCGCACAGUUUCAACUACAACUAGUCACCUGUUUCUGUUAUACCACCAGUGCAUAGUUUUGGCAACCCGCCCGUUAUUCCUGUACUUCCUGACCCAUCGACUGAAGAGACCCCGGAGUCAGGACCGAACGGCAGAUAUAUACAUUCCUGCACAGCUCAAGCCAUUGCUGGAAACUUCACUACAAUCAGCCAAAGCUUCGUUGAGGAUAUUAUUAUCACUGCAUGAACAAUCUUCAUUGGAAUCGUUAAUCCCAUUUAACCAAGACAACGCAUACUUCUCGGCGUUUAUCGUUGUUCUCGCCUUUUUCAUCGAGCCGUCAUUAGUACCAGAUGUGGAAAAUUACAUCUCGACCGUCUCAUGGUUGUUGAAUGCGCAGAUAUCGAACGGAGACCUAGCAGCCAAGCAACGGAGCAAAGAGCUUGACCUGCUGCAACGGAUGACAGAAGAGAUUGUGCGCGUAGAGGAGCAACAACUUGGAGCCCACCACGAGGAUACCCUACCCCGGAAUGACCUCGAACAACGUCCAGAGACAGAAAACCUGACUAGUUGGGCCAUUGAUGUUGAGGACAUCGACAUCAACCAUACACAGAUACUAGACCUGGCUGACCAAUUGGAUGUCCUCCAAGAGAGUGUAUGGGGUACAAACUUUGAAUUUGAGUAUAGCAAUAUGUGGAAUUAGCUCAAUAUUCUCUUUCUGGAAUCACAAUGCGGAGUAUCCUUGAUUAUGGACUCAGGCUCA